CUCCCAUCGACCAAACAGUUCGUUGUCCUUGCGUGACGAGAAAAUAAACUCUCCGCUCAGCUGAGCGUUCACUAUGAAUUUUAUGGUUUCCUUGAAAGUAGGUGAACGAAUCGACCGCGACCGCCAGUAGGUACCUACGUAAUUGUUACCCUGUGUCCCUGACUUUAAUCUCUGGGUCAAGGACUAAGGAAACGGGGAAUAAAGGUCGCGUGAGUACAGUACAGCAGCUGACUUUACUGCUUCGCGAAACUAGAAAACAUUUUCCGAAAAUCUUAUCCAAAAUAGUAGGUAAACCUUUUUCAAACGUUACGUCACAAAAUUGUGACAAGGAUUUUGUUUGUAAGUAAUUAUUUAUAUUAUUAUUAUAAUCAAACGGCAUUCUCGGUUAGAAAGUUAUGCAAUGAAAGUGAAAAAUAACAAACUUGACAUUGGCAUCGUCGAAAUUGCUAACGUCGCCUGGCGUUCAAGUGUUGGACUCGAUCCAGGCACGAAAAAGAACCAGCAACGUUCUAAUUUUAAAUUUUCCCACCUAAUCGUUGAUAACUAAUAGUGCGUGGCGCGAACCGUACAAUCGAUCGAUUAUGAUUAUGUACGGUAUUUAAAUAGAAUGUUAUACACUUAACAAAAUAUUUUUUUUUAAAUGAGUUGUGAUAAAUUAUUAAUUUGUGGUAAAAGUAAAUGAUACAAUUUUUUUUUAUUUAUUGAAAUAUGAGUAUGGUUACAAAUGGGACAAAAGCCUGAGAAAAGUUUUUAUGUAAAGAGAUUAGCUAAGUGAAAAGGUUUUGCCUCAAAAAUUUACCUAAAACCUGAUAUAUAUAUAUAUAUAAAUAUAUAUAUAUAUAUAUAUAUAUAUAUUAAAAUAGUUGUAUUUUAAUGGACUGUAUAAACCAUUAUUUUUACAUCCCGAAUCCCAUAGUCGGGUAUUUCAGUAGAAUAUUUGAAACUGCAACUGGACUACGAUGAGCUUCAAUAACUACUGUAAUGAUAAUGGUCCAAAUGACGAUUUGAAACCAAACUGGCUUGCGAUCUGCCGGCCAGGCAAGAACCACCAAGGCCAAGGUUGACAGGGAAGGGGGGGCGCGGGACGCUGCCGCGGGCUUAACGCUCCGCUCGAACCCGCACAGACCAUUCUGCACCUCGCAGUCGACUCUGACGGUUGUACAAGCGAAAGGUAAGCGGUGGUCAUUUAGUAUUAGUCUAUUUACGAAAAGUUUCGCCUAGAUCGUGUCUCACCACAACAUCACCACCGCUUCAAAACUCGGAAAAUGAUCCUAGUAUAUUGUGUGACAACUAAAUCCCUAUUCAAGAUGUGUUUCGAUAACGUUAAGUGUUCUAUUUUGCCGAUAAGAUGAUAUCGCACUUAUUCGAAGAAGUCUGAAUUGCAUUUAAAUGCAACCCGCGAAGGUAAACGGUGGCGCAAAUCAGGGGAACUUUCCCUCCAAAAACUUUUGAAGCGAUUCCCGAAGGGCGGGAAGCGUGAACCCGCGUGCGUGCUGCGUGUCGCGCAUCGAUCGGGCCACCCCUCGCCCUCGCCACUCCCGGCUCCGAUACAUUCAUUUGGACAAAAUAUCAUUCCAUCAUUGCAUUUAUAGUAUUCCCCGUUUCUUUUAUUUAUUUGCGGUAGAAUUUAGUGAAUUAGUGCAUGUUUUAGCGGCUAGUUAUCGUUUAGUAUUUGUGAAAAUGGGUGGCUGUGCAACGAAAGAAAAUAAGGAAAACAAACCGGCUGACGAAGCCGACGGAAAAGCCGCAGCAAUGGUGGACGCCGCAACCAUCGAGAAGUUGGAGGCUGGUUUCAGCAAGCUCCAGGCCUCUGACUCCAAGUCACUGCUGAAGAAGUACCUUACCAAGGAGGUGUUCGACGCUCUUAAGAACAAGAAGACCUCCUUCGGCUCAACUCUUCUGGAUUGCAUCCAGUCUGGUGUUGAGAACUUGGACUCGGGUGUCGGAAUCUACGCCCCUGACGCUGAGGCGUACACAGUGUUCGCUGACCUGUUCGACCCCAUCAUCGAGGAUUACCACAAUGGCUUCAAGAAAACCGACAAGCACCCUGCCAAGAACUGGGGUGAUGUUGAGACCCUCGGCAACUUGGACCCUGCCGGAGAGUUUGUUGUCUCCACCCGUGUGCGCUGUGGUCGCUCCAUGGAGGGCUACCCCUUCAACCCUUGCUUGACUGAGGCCCAGUACAAGGAGAUGGAAGAGAAGGUUGCCAGCACUCUCUCUGGACUUGAGGGAGAGCUCAAGGGCACAUUCUACCCAUUGACUGGUAUGUCCAAGGAGACCCAGCAACAACUCAUCGAUGACCACUUCCUGUUCAAGGAGGGUGACCGUUUCCUCCAGGCUGCCAAUGCUUGCCGCUUCUGGCCCUCUGGCCGUGGUAUCUACCACAAUGAGAACAAGACCUUCUUGGUAUGGUGCAAUGAAGAGGACCAUCUCCGUCUGAUCUCCAUGCAGAUGGGUGGUGACCUGAAGCAGGUGUACAAGAGGCUGGUGAACGCUGUCAACGACAUUGAGAAGCGCAUUCCUUUCUCCCAUGAUGACAGGCUUGGUUUCCUCACUUUCUGCCCCACCAACUUGGGAACAACUGUACGUGCCUCAGUACACAUCAAGCUGCCCAAGCUGGCGGCCGACAAGGCAAGGCUGGAGGAGAUCGCGUCCAAGUACCACUUGCAGGUACGCGGUACCCGCGGAGAGCACACCGAGGCUGAGGGCGGAGUCUACGACAUCUCCAACAAGAGGCGCAUGGGACUCACCGAGUACGACGCCGUCAAGGAGAUGUACGAUGGCAUCGCUGAACUGAUCAAAAUUGAGAAGUCACUGUAAAUCGGUUAACGAUCUCGCGUUAUCAGUAUUUUUUGUAUUAUUUAUCGUUUUCAUGUAAGAAUUGAUUGGAUGUCGGAUUGGUUGGGCCGGCAAACGGCACUAGUCAGCGCCCCGCGAGUGUGGCCGGCCACGCAAGCGGCCCUAUAUACUGUUUUUCGUAAAAGUAUUUUCUAUAAGGAAAUGGAAAAUAAAGACAGCUAGCGUUAAGACCAUUAUAGACUUUUAUUUUCUAUCCCCGGUGCUUGGCAGUUGGGCACACUUCCUGUGCAAAAUUAUAUAAAUCUGAAUAAAUCUCGUAAACAUUUUUCUCAUUCAAAAAAUUGCGGGAUUAUAAUGUUGCCAGACAUAGAAAUAAACAAUCUACUAAUAAAUCCAUAACGAUGAAUAUUAG